GAGACAGAGAGACAGAGAGACAGAGAGAGAGAGAGAGAACAAUGAGAGAAUAACUUCAGGUGUUGACUGGUUCUGGUGAGGGGCAGAACCGAAAACUACACGAGAGGAGAAGGCAGACCAGAAGAAGGGAGAUUUUAACAUUUGCUCAUCGACGGUGAAGAACUAAAAUCCCUUCCACAGCUAACUUGUCGCUUGUGGGUCGGUGUAAAGGGAGAGGAGCACGGCGGAGGCGGCGAGCCUCCAUCCUCCGAGGCGGACGGACUUCUCUCGCGAGCCGGAGACAGCGCGCGCGCGCGCGCGAGCUACGGAUGGCCCAGGUGACUUGUAAUGGCGAGACGUACCUGUCCGCGGACGGGACCAGGUGCUGCCCUGGCUGCCCGCCAGGAAAAUAUGUCCGCAAAGACUGCGAUGACACUAAGAUGACUGAAUGCGAUGUCUGUCAGCACGAGACCUACACCGACACCAGAAAUUACAUGCGCAGUUGUCUGCAGUGCAUGGUCUGCUAUUCCAACCAGCGGACAGUGAAAGAGUGUUCAGCCGAUGGGAACCGGCGGUGUGAAUGCAACAGUGGAUAUUACUGCAGCGACUCAAGCUGUCGGCACUGCAACCCUGUGACCCACUGCUCCGUGGGUGAAGGGGUCACGGUCAACGCCACCAAAAUGGAGGACGUGGUCUGCGCUUCGUGUCAAGCUGGGACCUACAGCAACGUGUCGGACUACCAUUCGCCCUGUCUCAGACACAGCAGCUGCAAGGACCUUGGGAGGGAGCUGAAAACUCCUGGGACUGCAAGCGCCGAUGCUGUGUGUGGUCCCUUUAUACGCCAGUGCCAUUGGAUGUUACCUACAGCCCUAUGGUCAGGACUGGCCUUGUCCAUACUCAUCUUCCUGCUGUGCUUAAUCUACAGGAGGGCAAAACGCAGGUCCUAUAGAACAGCCUCCUCCAGUGUUCCUGGGGUGCUUCUCCCGGUGACUCACAGAUGUCAAGUGGAGCAAGUUUUUCCAUAUUUGAAUGGCCACUGCAAGGAGAGAUCCGUGGUGCCCCUCAUUCACCAGGACCCAGACCCAGAUGAUGUAGCUGUUCGCUGCAGCACCCCUGACCACGAGGAGAACAGCCCACCCACAACACCACUGCCAAGCUUAGAUGCAGUUGGUGAAUCCAGCCACAAGGACGGAAACACGUCGAACUGCUCCAGGACCUCCUUCAGGAUCCAUUCAGAGCCACAGGAGGAUGAGUGGUGUGGGACCUAAUCCCUUCCUUGGUAAAAUGUUGUACACCGAAUCUAUAUUAAAUGGAUUCACCAAGUAAAAGCAUAGACUUGACUCUGUGAAGGCUUGUCCUCCUUCUCCUCAUGGAGAUGCACGGCCUCACCAUUUAUAACUGGUUUUCAACUAAUAGCACUCCAGCGAAAGCGCAGACCCUGUUGGAGAUCAUACACACGUGGGAACUAUUAACAGUUGUUUUGUCGCCUAUGGUAGCUGUUGUUUGCUGCCCCCUGGAGGACAAUAACGAAAUAGCAUGUUUGACGGUCGACGCCCCGGUGGUGAUGUGCUGCAACAGCUACAUUCGUUGCUGCAAACCCUUUUUGUCGGCCCCCCUCAGGGACCAUGUUUCGUAGAGGGCCUGAUCUGUGCAGGUUUUCCUUCCAACCCUCCACUCCAUGGUAUAUUUGCAACUGUUAAGCGCCACCCCUACUGUCUGGAGGCAUUUUCAAACGCCGAAAUAAAUUGUUUUGACUGGUUGCGAAUAAAAACCGCUGUAUG